AUGAAAUUCUACGAGCACUCCUUUAACUACGACUACACCUUCCCUGCCGUCACCUUGGCCUAUUUCCUGCGCUACCCGAACCCUUAUUCCAGGCAUGUCCUCAGCUCAGACGUAAUCGAUCGCUACAUCGAUCCAGAAACGGGUCGACUCCAUACUGUGCGACUACAUCUAAAAAAAUCAAAAGUCCCCGCAGGCAUCCUCAAGUUCCUCCCUCGUGGCCUUGCCGGCCCAGGCGGCGCCAGCCAGAGCUACGUGCUAGAGAAAAGUACCAUUGACAUCAAGGAAGGAUGGAUGGAAACAGAGUCAAAAAAUAUGGAGUGGACAGGCAUCCUGAGCGUCGUGGAACGGCAAACAUAUAAGCGGCAACGGCUGCCCGAAAUGGCGCCCUCGAAACGAUCAGGCGAUGAGCUCCAGCCACAGAGACACAAGGAGACAACCGCCUGCAGGACGGUUGUGACAUUCGUAUCACACCUGGGCCACGGCAAGCUAUUGAGUCGGAAAAGACAAGAGCACACAGCAAAUGCUGAAGAAGAACCACCGAAACAAGGAUUGUUUGCAGCAUGGUCGACCGCUGGCAUUCAGCGGACCAUCGAGCUGAUUGGAGUCAAACGAACCCAGUCCGCGCUGGUAAACGGAAAGGAAGGGAUGAACGUCGUGUUGGAAAGACUCAGGAAUGGCGGCAUCGUGGGUGUCCUCGAGGGAAUGAGAAGGGAUCGAAUGGAAGUGUCGCGGGCAGACGGACAUUGA